UCUCCGUACACGUGGCAUGCCUCACCCUGUCGGUCCAGAAGGGGCGCUGUCCCCGCUGAACGCAGAGGAUUGUGGCAGUAGCGGAGCAUCAUCAUCAUCACUGCCGUACCACGGGACUCGUCUCACCGGACUUUAACCUGAGCUGUGAGCCGUUUCUCCGCACUUAAGUGCCUUAAAAGCGGAGGGAGAAAUGGCACACGUAGACGUGAUGAGCCAGGCGGAGGAUGUAGCGGACCAGUUCCUGCGGGUCACCAAACACUACCUCCCCCACAUGGCCAGGCUCUGUCUGGUCAGCACCUUCCUGGAGGACGGGUUCAGGAUGUGGUUCCAGUGGGGGGAGCAGAGCGAGUACAUCGAAUCCACCUGGAACUGUGGACACUUCCUCGCCAACAUCUUCGUCCUGCUCAACUUGCUGGGGCAGCUGGGUGGCUGCAUGUUAAUCCUCAGCAGAAACUUUGUUCAGUACGCCUGCUUCACUCUGUUUGGGAUCAUUGGCCUGCAGACGCUGGCCUACAGCAUCCUGUGGGACCCAAAGUUUCUCAUGAGGAACCUGGCGUUGGGGGGAGGCCUCCUCCUCCUCCUGGCAGAGUGUCGGGGGGAGGCUCGCAGUGUGUUUGCAGGAGUUCCUUCUCUCGGUCAUCAGAGCUCCCCGAAACACCUCCUGCAGCUGGGAGGAAGGGUACUCCUUGUCCUCAUGUUCAUGACGCUGCUGCACUUUGACCUCAGCCUGUUCAGUAUCCUGCAGAACCUGGUGGGUACGGCACUCAUCGUGCUGGUGGCGGUGGGCUUUAAGACCAAGCUGGCUGCUCUGACUCUGGUGGUCUGGCUGCUCUGCAUCAACUUCACCUUCAACGCCUUCUGGAGCAUCCCGUCGUACAAACCCAUGCACGACUUCCUCAAGUACGACUUCUUCCAGACCACGUCGGUGAUCGGAGGCCUACUGCUGGUGGUGGCCCUGGGGCCCGGCGGGGUCUCCAUGGACGAGAAGAAGAAAGAGUGGUGAGGAUGAGGUGGGGGGAGCAGGAGCAGGAGGGGGAGGAUGAAGCUGAAAAUUUAGUUCAGCAUAAGAUGCUUUUAUUUUGAAAAAUGGCCAGAAUUCUUACUAUUACUAUUCUUACUAAAGUGUUAAAAUGUUCCCAUAUGGCCAAUAAUGAAAAAAAAAAAAAACACCUAUGAUAUGAAUAUGAUCAAAUAUAAGGGAUUUUAAAACAUUGUGCAAGCAGGUGUGAUGUAUUUAUAAUUACUAUAAAUCAACUUUUAGAGCUUGUUUGUUACAGGGUGCUGGAUAAUUCCUGGUCGCUGUAGCUUGUUUAUAACAACGCUCUUUGCUGAGGCCAUCACAAUUAAUUUUUCAUGCGAAAAUGGCAGAAAAUUUAGUUUUUAGCCUGAAAUAUGGAGCGUUCCUCCUUUUCUCUGUUUUAUAUCCUAUAACAUUAAAUAUCUUAAAGUUUUGGACACAAGACAUUUAAAGUUUUUAUUUUUUAAAUUUUCACCAUUGUAUGACAUUUUAUAGACCAAAUAAGUCACAUGCACAGUUAGACAGAAGCACCUGUCUGUCUGCAGGUCGACUGCUCAUCAAAAGACGUUUUACUGAUUGUCACAUCAGCUGUGAUAUCUCAAUCAUCAUUAACGAUGAUUAAUUAAUGAGCUCAUACUGAAAGACUUUACAGAGUGCUUCACAAUAGAUUGAAAUGCAACCGAUUGCUGCGUACUAAAAUAAUAAUCAGGGACAUUGGAAAAAAACAAACCCCUAAACAAUGUUUUACUAUAAAGAUAACCUGCAGAUAUCUGUAGUAAACUGUGUGUACGCUGGUCUGAAGUCAGUGCGGUGUUCAGUGUGUGUGAAAUGGCGCAUGCAUGAUUUAUACAUCGGACUCCAGAUCUGCUCCGAAAUUUCCUCCUCUCUAUGCUAUUUAUUUCCAUUUUCACACUCCUCUUCCUCCCCCUCAGUUUUCUGAGUGACCAAUCAGAGAUUUCUCCUCGUGUGUGUUGUAUGAAUGCUGCUGUCAACAUGUUUAUUUUACAGAGAAACAUUUCGACUUGUUAUUGUUUUUUUAAAUCAGCUGAAACAUCAGAAAUCAGUCAGCACAGUCUAAAUAAUCAAAUAUUAUUUUUGUUGUAAUGGCUGGAAGUGUCCAGCAGGUGGAGCGGUUUACAUUUUUACGGUUUCGCUUCUGUUUUGUUGUUUGUUGCCGUUGGUUUCUCGGUGUGUGUUUUGUCUCGGAGUAUCUAUAAAGUUGUGACAAAGUGAAAUAAUUUUCUAUCACGUGUUUUUGUAGAAGAUGUUUAAUAAACCAGUCCAGCAUUGUGAAGCA